GGUCAAAAAUAGGACGCUACAUGACAGGGAUUCUAAAAAUGAGCACCCAUUAUAGGACAGCCUGGAAACACUCCAGAUUUUAAGAUCCUGGAUCCCCAGAAGUGAGGAGUCAAGAGUAUUGUGUCCCUCCCAAAGUGACUAUGCCCACUCCUCCUCGUCUUACACGUGGAGAAGCUGCAGCCCUGAAUGAAGAGGGCCCAGCCCUUCUCCCAGAAAAUAAGGGUGAGGAGCUACAGAAGGGUGGAGUGGAACCAAUUACUACAAACGUAAAGGAUGGGAUGGAGGCCGAGAGACCCCAGGAAGAAGAGAAUGGUGACCAGCAUCAGGGCCCCCAUCAGGAUGAGCAUGGCUGGCCCCCUGUGAACACCACCACUCGGCCUUGGCGAUCUGCUCCUCCGUCCCCUCCUCCUCCAGGGACCCACCACACAGCCCUGGGGCCCCGCUCGGCCUCCCUGCUCUCCCUGCAGACUGAGCUCCUUCUGGAUUUGGUGGCUGAGGCCCAGUCCCGCCGCCUAGAGGAGCAAAGAGCCACCUUCCACAUCCCCCAGAACCCCCCAAGCAUAGCCCCAGCCCCACUUCGGCCUCUUGAGGACAGAGAACAGCUCUACAGCACUAUCCUCAGUCACCAGUGCCAGCGGAUGGAAGCCCAGCGGUCAGAGCCUCCCCUACCCCCAGGGGGACAGGAGCUCCUGGAGUUGCUGCUGAGAGUUCAGGGUGGAGGUCGAAUGGAGGAGCAAAGGUCCCGGCCCCCCACACAUACCUGCUGAGACGUGAGCCCCUCCACCAGCCCCUCCACACUCCUGGGGCUCAAAGCUGGGCAGCAUGCCCUCAACCCCUGCUUGGCAGGGACACCAGAGACUGGAAGACCCAGGAGAAAUCUCAAUAUCCAUCAUCCUCAUCCACCUUCCCGAGGAACAGAGGAGGUGAAAGUCCUGGGGGUAGGCUGGUCAUUUAACUCCCUCCCCCAGUACAUGGGAGCUUGAAGCAGUGAGAAGAUCCCAGCCACUGAGGAACCACCCCCCCCCCAUCCCAAGGAGUGGCUGGAAGUCUUGGUCCUGAGCUGUGGGGAUACCCCCAGUAGUCUAGCCACUAGGCAGGAUCUGAGGGCUCAGGCCUCCAUCUCCCAAGAGAAGGCAAAUCUCCCAAAGUUAGGGCCUGAGAGACAGUUCCACCCUCCUUCCCAGUAAGAAGGGAGAGAGGGCAUUACAAAAAGGUAAGACCAUUCGCCCACCCCACCACCAACACUCCCACCCCAGGACUGAGGGGCCUACAGGCUGUGAAUGGACACUUAGCACUGCCCACCCUCCCUCCCCACUGCUGCUCGAGUCCGAUGUUUUGGUUGUAUGAAUAAAUGUAAUUCUCCUCUGGA